UUUUUUUCCGCAGGGACCCCAAUUCUCCGGGAUUGCCGAAAAUGUUUGGGAAAAACAGAAGAAGAAACAAAUUCAAAAAGAAAAAUGAGGCCUCAACCAAGAUUGUCUGAAAGAGAGUUAACGGCCCUCGAAAGGCGACAACAAGCUCGAGAUCUGCUUCGCGGUGGCUCCUCCAGAUGCUGGGUCCGCUUCGCCUUCAAACUCAAGUCCAGCAAUAACGAGCACUACCGAGUCAACCCAGUUUUCGGAUUCGUGGAGCCCGGCGCCGCAGCGGAAGUCGAAGUCUUCCGUUAUCCUGGACCUCCAUAA